AACUGCUAGGGGAUCCGGGCACCCCAGUGCCUCUGGAGGGUGCAGCGGGGUGUAGGCAAGGGCAGGGGAGUGGGCGAAGCUGCUGGUUGGUGCCUGAAAUCUGUGCGUUGCCCCUUUAAUUGUGUCCCCAGCCCUCGGGCGUUUCUGUCCAACGCCCACGUCAGCAAAUACCUUUUGUUUCUCUCACGUUGGGGCUACUUGUUUUAGGGCGCAAAGGAACAGCUUCGAAAGGGGUAUUUCCCCUGCCGAGAACCCGGAAUCUUACCCCGGCCCGCGCACGCGACCCGCCGGUGCGCCUCGGCCCGCGGACAAUCCUUCACACACAGACUUGGAAUCUUCCCUUUUUUUACUCCAUUCAAUCAACUUAGCAGGGUUUCAAGAGCAGCAUUUAUAAAUUUCCAGAAUGGAGAUCUCCUCUCAUCAGUCUCACCUCCUGCAACAACUGAAUGAGCAGCGCAGGCAGGAUGUAUUUUGUGACUGCAGUAUUCUGGUUGAAGGAAAGGUCUUUAAAGCCCAUCGAAAUGUAUUAUUUGCUAGUAGCGGCUACUUUAAAAUGCUUCUUUCCCAGAACUCCAAGGAGACAAGUCAGCCAACCACAGCGACAUUUCAGGCUUUCUCCCCUGACACUUUUACAGUUAUCCUGGACUUUGUCUAUUCCGGCAAGCUCUCUCUCACAGGUCAGAAUGUCAUAGAAGUGAUGUCCGCUGCUAGCUUCCUUCAGAUGACUGAUGUCAUUAGUGUAUGUAAGACCUUUAUUAAAUCUUCAUUAGACAUUAGUGAAAAAGAAAAGGAUCGCUAUUUCAGCCUUUCGGAUAAAAAUGCCAGUUCUGAUGGUAUAGAACGCUCCUCUUUUUAUAGUGGCAGCUGGCAAGAUGAAAGCAGUUCUCCACAUUCUCACCUAAGCCCAGAUCAAGGAACAGGUAUAAGUGGGAAAUCUUGGAGUAAGUAUAAUUACCAUCCAGCCUCCCAAAGGAAUACUCAACAGCCUCUGGCCAAGCAUGAACAAAGGAAAGAUUCCAUUAAAAAAUCCAAACAUUUGAGGUUGUCACAGCCUUCUGAAAUGGCUCAUUAUAAGUCAAGCAAACGAGAAGCACGAACAUCUGAUUCUUCCAGCCACAUUUCGCAAUCUGAAGAACAGGCACAAAUGGAUGCGGAAAUGGACUCUACUCCUGUUGGCUAUCAGUAUGGUCAAGGAUCUGAUGUCACAUCAAGAAGUUUUCCAGAUGACCUGCCCAGGAUGAGGUUCAAGUGCCCAUACUGCACACAUGUGGUAAAGCGGAAGGCAGACCUCAAGCGCCACCUUCGUUGUCACACAGGAGAAAGGCCCUAUCCCUGUCAAGCUUGUGGGAAAAGAUUUAGCCGGCUAGACCAUCUAAGUAGCCAUUUUCGAACAAUUCACCAGGCAUGCAAACUCAUCUGCAGAAAAUGCAAACGCCAUGUGACUGAUCUAACAGGUCAAGUGGUACAGGAAGGAACCAGGCGCUACAGACUCUGUAAUGAGUGCCUUGCUGAAGUUGGCAUAGACAGCCUCCCCAUUGAUUUGGAAGCUGAACAGCAUCUUAUGUCCCCAUCAGAUGGAGAUAAGGAUUCCAGAUGGCACUUGGGUGAAGAUGAGAAUAGAUCAUACGUGGAGAUUGUAGAGGAUGGGUCUGCUGAUCUGGUCAUACAACAGGUUGAUGAUAGUGAAGAAGAAGAAGAAAAGGAAAUAAAGCCCAACAUCAGGUAGCUGGGAUGUGAACCAACAGAUCUGGCAUGUCUGCAACUUACAUUGACUUCCCAUAACUCUCUCUUUCCAUGGUCAGAGUCUGGUUAACAAAUUAUCAGACUGACUUGAAAGUAAUGACCUGAUAUCACUUGCAUGCUUUCUGAACAGGCCAUUGUAUCCAUUCUGAACUUUGUUGCCCUAAAAUCUGUUGCUGCACUGGAAAGAAAGACCUAGCUUGAGUUGGCAUGAUGGAUGAACAAUUAAUCCUCUUACUUUUAUUACAGAGAUACCUUUUUUUUUAAUAUUGGAAGAUCUACUUAGUGAACUUUUUUCAAAGAAAAUAUUUUAAAUAAAUUCACCACAACCAAA